AUGGAGGAUGAUCACCAGUUGACGCACUUCACUGAUCUAGUGACGCUAAAGCGUGAUGAAGGACACUUCACUCAAGUAAAGUUCGAAAUCUCUUCUCUCGUUGCAGACCACGAUGUUAUCCUUACUUACUGGUGGCUCAAAGAGCACACCCCUUCCAACUUCUUUGGCGGAGAUUCUUUGACCUUCGGCUCGGCGUACUGCCGCCAGAACUGCGUCAGGUCUACGUACUUGAGUCAGCAGGAUGCAGAACGAGCUACCUUCCAACGCAUGAUGAACCACAUCUUCGAUGUCCUAUUGGACGAAGGUGUUCUCGUCUAUGUUGACGACAUCCUUAUCUACUCCCGAACCAUGCCGGAACACGACCGUCUCGUUCGCGAGGUUCUCACCCGUCUCCAGAAACACAAACUAGCCGUCAACGCUGAAAAUUCUGUUUGGAACGUUGGUGAAGUCGAGUUCCUUGGGUACAUCAUCACCAGCCACUCAUUACCCAAGAACCAGUGGUCUUGGACUCCCGAGAUGCAGAGAGCCUUCGACAAACUGAAAGCAGUCUCUUGUGAAGCGCCCGUCCUCAUCCACGCCGACCCAACAAAGCCCUUUCACCUUUUUACCGACGCUUCCGACUACGCUCUGGGCGCCGUGCUUAACCAAGAGGGCGACGAUGGCCGACUUCAUCCUGUCGGGUACCACUCCCGCAAGAUGGCACCAGCUGAGAUCAACUACGUGAUCCACGACAAGGAACUGCUUGCCAUCGUUGAUGCGUUCAAGAAAUGGCGCCGUUAUCUUGAAGGCGCGCCCCACACGGCUCAGGUUUACUCAGACCACAACAACCUUCGGUACUUCCUCACCUCCAAAGUUCUCAACCGACGCCAGACCCGAUGGGCACAGGAACUCGCCGGAUACAACUUUGUCAUCAAUUACAUCCCCGGGAAGAAAAACAUCCCCGCAGACACUCUCUCAAGACGCGAACAAGAUCGCCCUGAAAAGGGGGGGAGUGAGGACCAGUCGAUCGCGACUGUCUCGGCCCUUGUGGCCCGCGGAAAGGCUGAUGAGAGCCUCUUCCGGGCUUCGCCCACUUCUUUUUGA